UCACACAGUAAAGCCACAAAUGGGCCAGAUGUUUCACCUGAUGUGUAAAUCUGAAGCAUCCGGUUUGCGUUUCCAACGACUACCAGAUAUGGUAAAGCCCAGUGUCCGGCAGUGGGGGAAAAUUGAGAUGGAUUUUGGCAGACAUUCUGAUAAUUUUGUCAUCAUAGAACAUUUAAUCUCAUUACACUUUCUCUUCCCAAAACUACAAUCUGUUACGGACAGAGUGGACUCCAUUUUGUAAACUUGACCCUUUGCCAAAGUUUUUUUUAAAUGGCAUUGUUUAGGAGUGCAAGGGUGAAUUACGUUAUUGUACACGCACACUUCAAAGUAGGCGUUCCCUGACAGGAAUGCACAACGCGCCAAUACGAUCUCGCGAGCUCAUGCUUGGCUCUGCCCACCUCCUUGUUCUGCCUACUGUGAUUAAUUUGCUCCCAUUGGAAACGACAGGAUGCAGUCUCUCUUGGGGUAGUUAUAAAACAUCUUUGGUAAAACUGUAAAUGUGCAACUGUAAGAUUUACGUUACGUAAGACUGAAGAACUUGAUUACAAUUUAAUUCCCCUACCCUCGCCUUCACAAUACACAUUCAAAUUAACAGUUUCCACACCGCAUAACACACGUUUUUUUCAUACGAAAUAUAGUCAGCUGAUAUUGAAACUCUGAUUACAAUAUUGUCCGUAACUAAAAUAGUCUAUAGCUUACUCCACACACUGUCAUGUGAUAAGAGUAGCCUACAGAGUCGGGAAAUUGUAACAUUGUAUCCAUCAUUAUUCAACAUCAAAGGACCGUGCACUAGAGGGGGGUUGUCCGGAUGAAAGAAAUAGCGCUACUUACUGUACACGAAAGCAUAUCUCCAUUUGCAACAGGCGGCAGUCUAUGUCAAUUAGACAUUGCACGGUAUCCUUUACCUGGUCGGCGUGCAUUACCGAGAAGAGGAACUAUACGUACUGCUGCUUCCCCUGGAGUAACCAUCACAUUAAGGAUUUCGGAAAUUCUGGAAAUCUAACGGAACUCUUUUCAGAGACCUCUCUCUCUCUCUCUCUCUCUCUCUCUCUCUCUCUCUCUCUCUCUCUCUCUCUCGUGUGUGAUCGUGAUGGCGUUGUGUGUGUGAGCCAUGGCCCCCUCUCUGACCACCCUGGGGAAGCUGCCUGUGGUGCGCUGUCGGCUGCUGCAGCGCUACGAGCACCAGCCCUUCGUCUCAUGCCUGGCCGGACUCUACGGCUGUCAAUGGAGACGCUACCAGAGGACCCGCGCCACGCCGGGAGACUGCUGCUGCAGCAAGUUGGAAUGUGCCAGCUUUGCACUCCUCAUCUUGACAUUCUGUCUCACACUGGUCUUCCUCUACUUCUGGAGUGAAGCUCAGAAUGACUACAAUGAUUUUGACUGGUUUAACUUUGGGAACCUGGGUUUCUGGUUCCCCUGGUCUGUGGUGUUGCUGGUCAUCGCUGCCGCCUUCUUCAGCUACAUCGCUCUGCUGCUGGUGUUGGCUGUAUGUCUGCUGUCAGAGGGACAGAAGCUGUCCUUACACUGGGGCCACAAGAUUGGGGUCCUGGUGAGUCUAGCCUUCUCCAUUCUUGCCAUAGCAGUGCUGUCUGACCUAUGUAGCAAAGAGUGGACCACUCUUCUCCUCUCUUUCCAGGUGACGGCACCAUAUUUACACGUGGGAGGAGUCUUGCUGAUGACACUCCUUUCCUGGCCAAUAGCCUUGCAUUUCUACCACAUCAAUAGGAAAGUUGGGCAGGCGCUCAUCAUGGGGCUGUACCUGGCGGUGCUGUGUGCCCUCUACCUGGUGCCCCUGGGCAUGUACUCGCCCUGUCUUAAAGAGGAGGGCACUCUGGGCCUCGCACCAGCCCUCAUUGGGCACAGAGGGGCACCCAUGCUUGCUCCAGAGAACACUCUCAUGUCCUUUGAGAAGGCGGUGGAGGCUGGAGGGCAAGGUCUAGAGACUGACGUCACCAUCAGCUAUGACGGGGUGCCCUUCCUGAUGCACGACCACACCCUGAGGAGGACCACCAACGUGCAGGAGGUGUUCCCUAACCGGACGGACGCCCCAGCGGCCAUGUUCACCUGGGGGGAGCUGGAGACCCUCAACGCCGGGGCCUGGUUCCUCCAUCGUGAUCCGUUCAGCACGGCUUGGUCUCUGAGUACCGAGGACCGGGCGCAGGCGCAGAACCAGUCUGUUUGCACCUUCAGGGACUUUCUGGAGCUGGCUUCGCAGAGAGGCAAACAGGUUGUCUUUGACCUCUACCGCCCCCCUAAGGGACACCCCUACAGGGACACCUGGAUCACACGCACCCUGGAGGUCAUCCAGAACGAGUCUUCCAUCCACUCACACCAAGUGUUGUGGCUGCCCUCAGACCUGCGGAGCCUGGUCCAGCAGCUGGACCCUGACCUCCAGCAUACCUCAGCGUCCCGCGCUCCAGUUGAGGAGCUCCAGCAGAAUCACAUUGUCCAACUCAACCUGCACUAUAGCUCCAUGUCCACAGAGAUGAUAAUUGAGUAUGCAGCAGCCAACAUCAGCACCAACCUGUAUGUGAUCAGCCAGUCGUGGCUCUACUCUCUGGCCUGGUGCACUGGGGCACAGUCUGUCACCACCAAUGCUCUACAGUUCCUCAACAACCUCAGUAGACCCCUCUUCCUUAUGACACCAGAUGAGUACAAUUUGAUGUGGGUCCUCACCGACGUGGUGUCCAUCACCAUCAUCAUCUUCAUCUUCAUCUUCCACUGGUGGCGAGAACAAACCCUGGCUUUCUGUUCGGGCAGGAAACCCACACAAGAACAUAGCACCUACAUCAAGUUCAGGACAGAUGUGUGGUCCGUCUCCAGUGUCAACAUCCUGGGAGAGCCCGCUGAGCCUAACUUGGCAACCGUCUCAGAGCAUUGAUAACCAAUCAACCAACCUCUGUGAGGCUCAGUUGAAGCAAACCACUCCUCACUCUCCUUUUCAACUUGGCAACUUCCCGGACACCAAACGGGCAAUUCACCAGAAUCGACCCAACCUGGAAACCCAGGACCCUACUGGAAACCGAGAGCACAACCUGGCAACCCCCUGUAGAUUUGUGUGAGAGAAUGAGAACCAAAGAGAAUUAGAAAUAGUUAAAUGAUGUGAGUGAGGCCUAUCGGAGCUGAUGUGUCACGUGCAGAAGGGAUAUCAUUGGAUAGAUAUUAAUCCCUAAGACCGGGCUGCCCAACUCUCUUCCUGGAGGUUGGGUUUUAAGUUCAACCCUAAUUUAACACACCUGAUUCUACUAAUUAGCUGAUCAACAAGACCUUAACUAGCUGAAUCAGAUAUGCUAAAGUAGGGUUUGACUGAAAAACAUAAAGGACAGUAGUUCUCCAGGAAGAGGGUUGGGCAGCCCUGCCUCAAAUGUGACUGAAGAACAGCCCAGACAACCUCAAGGACCAACCAACUCAUAGUUCAUACUACAGACACCAUCUGGUGGUGGGAAGAGAUUACUACACUGUUUAACCAGGUCCUUUGAGAUGGAUUACUUACUCACUGAAUUAAUAUAACAAGAAAAGUGACUGUCCGCUGUAGAUAUUCUCAACUUGUAUUACCCUCCAUUGUCCAUAGGUUCCUUUCCAUUUCAGCAGUCACUGCAGUGUUGAGUUACAUGAACCACAAAUGCUUGACCAUUUUGUUAGUGUUUGAGUAGUGGUCGAUAAGAUGUGUGAAUAUGUCCAGACCGGGGUUCAAUUGGUAUGUUUUUAUUAAUUUUAAAUACUUUAGCUGUGCUUCAUUCCCCUUUCCUGGCAUAAGGGAACCAAUGAAGUAGUCCCAAAAAGUGCACUUUGCCCAUCUGGGAUCUGGCACUCCAAUCAAGCUGUCUCAAGCUUCGUUUAUACCUGCAGCUUACAGGCAUCCUGUGUCCUGAUCUUGUCCACAUUCAGAUUGUGACCACAUUUUCAGUCUACACAUGCUAUUAAAAUGUAUCUUAUGUGUCCUCAUUGUGACCAGA